CCUCAGAAGACAUCUCUAAUUUCCUUUCCCAUUUCAUUCUUUCUCUCAGUGCCAUGGAUCAUGCAGGUGGUGCAAAACCAGUUGAGUUGAACCCUGGGCCAGAAACUAAGAGACAGGGUUGGGUCCUUUUGCUGUUGAGGUUGCUUGCAUUGUUUGCGGCUGUUUCUGCUACACUUGUGAUGGCACUUGACAAGGAGACUAAAACCAUUGUGGUUGCUACCGUUGGGACUACCCAAGUUACUGCUGCUCUCACGGCUAAGUUUCAGCACACCCCAGCCUUUGUGUUCUUUGUGAUAGUCAAUGGAAUAGCCAGUUUCCAUCACCUCGUCAUCUUGAUCGCGGAUUUAUUAGCUUAUAAGCUUGAUUUCAAUGGUUUUCGGCCUUUGAUAAUCACAAUCUUGGACAUGGGAACAGUGGCUCUAGUGUCGUCUGGACUUGGUGCUGCAACUGCAAUGGCUGAGCUAGGGCAGAAUGGUAAUUCACAUGCCAGGUGGAACAAGAUCUGUGACAAAUUUGAAACAUUUUGUGAUCAUGGUCGUGGGGCCCUCAUCGCUUCCUUCAUUGGGCUUGGCCUCUUGAUGUUUCUCAACUUGUUAUCAAUGGUUACCCUUUUCAAAAAGACUAAGAAGUAUUUGGUAGUCCCAUGAUGCACUGGAUCUCCAUAUUUUCAUAAUAUUGUAAUUUGUGUGUGUUUGUAGUAUGUAACGGGCUUGGUGAUGUUUCUCAACUUGUUAUGAAUGGAAAAUUAAUGGCUUGUUGAUUUCAUCGUUCAUUGAUCUUUUUUU